AUGUCCGCGCCCACAAUCACAUCCACAUCCACAUCCACAUCUCCAUCUCCACCAACCGAACCCCCUCACUAUCACCCUCCCCCUCACCCCUCCCUCCUCCUCCUCGAAAUGCUCACUCAUAUCCUCAUCGAUCUCGAUGUGCCUACUCUCCUCCUUUCUCAACGCGUUUCCUCCUUGGUUGCACAGAUCGUCAAACCUCCACUCCCCAUAACCCCCUUGCCAGCUAGCGCGAAAUGCUGA